CUCGCCUGAUUUUCUAGCGAUUCACACGUUUUAUCGUUUCUCUCUACAAUUGCCAGCAUCACCGCUCACAUCCUCCGCCGAAGCACGACUCCAGCAAAAUCAAUCAUUCAAAUUUCACCCAAGCUAUUACCGCCAACUUCCGCGAUCCAAGUUGACCCACAAGAAACGGACCCGAGCGAAAUCGGCACGUCUUUGCAAGGGCGACAGUCACCGCUCCGAUAGAAGACUCGGCAUCUCACAGAUCACACCCCAACAGAGCUGUCUGAGAAUUGACUCCCAUGAAAAGACAUGCAAUGGGGCCGCCUCUUUACCUGGUUAAGGUCUGGCGAUGCUGCGAAUGCGGAAAGUCUUCAUUCGACUACCACGAAGAUUACCACGAAGGCUACCACGACGACUGCCACGAAGGCUACCACGAAGACUGCAACAAGGCCCAAUGCAACAGCUGUGCCCCAGGCAAUACCCUCACUUGACUUGGCGUGGGAGCCGGUGCGGGACUACCUGAGCGCCCUGUUUCCGCAUGCAGCAGAAACGCUGGAGAACGAGUCCCACACAGAAUCUUACCAUGUCGUGUUUCUCCCGAGAGAGCUGACCAAGGACGAAGUAGCAGAGAUACUUGAGUUGAGGGGUUAGCGGAAUUGAAGUGAUCGAACUGUCUUUUUCGUUCUGAUCUGAUACAAAGUUUUCCCUAUUUUUAUGUAACAAGACAUCUUAUUUCAUUCUGUUGCACUUGAUCGAAGCUUACAGCCCUUUGAAUUGUCUAUCGAGGCUAGAAGAUGUGCUGGAGGCCAAACUUGGCUAGCCUGGACCAGGUACUGGUCCAUGCGCUACCAGCCUACCUAUCCCCUUACCAUAAAACUUUCGCCUUCGGGCAGAUAACUGAGAUUCCUCAAGCAAUCCACCACGUUUUCCA